UCCUUUUUUCUAUAUAACCACCAAUCGGAGAUGAAGGCCAGACCGCCGGAGACACCGCCGACUGCCAUCAAUCCAUCCUAAAGAUUCUUCCUUUUUCCGGUGAAGUUCACAAUCUCCGGCCAAACCCUCGUCGCCGUCGGCCAUUGAAAUGGAAUCAGGAACAUGGAGGCUUCUUAUCUCUAUGAUGCCAUUGAUUCUAUAUUUGCUCUUCAUCCUCUACUCUAAUCAUACUUCUCAAAAGCAAUCUACGACAACCGGCUGCAGCCUUCUUCCUCAUGAUCGUUAUUGGAUCGUUAGCAAGCGGAUUGUGACACCUCAUGAGAUAAUUUCCGGCGCAGUUGAGAUCAAUGGAGGAAGAAUCAUAUCUUUGGUUAAAGAAAAGGAUUGGCAGGGACAAAUGAAGAAUGGACCAGUGAUUGAUUAUGGAGAAGCUGUUGUGAUGCCUGGUUUAAUUGACGUGCAUGCGCAUCUUGAUGAUCCGGGAAGGACGGAAUGGGAAGGAUUUCCUUCAGGAACGAAGGCUGCUGUUGCUGGUGGGAUAACAACAUUGAUAGAUAUGCCUCUGAAUAGCUUUCCAUCUACCGUCUCUGAGGAAACCUUAAAACUAAAGGUAGAGGCUGCAAAAGGGAGGAUCUUUGUUAAUGUUGGGUUUUGGGGAGGUCUAGUACCCGAAAAUGCAUUUAACGCGAGUAUUCUAGAAGGUCUCCUAAACGCCGGUGUUCUUGGUCUGAAGUCGUUCAUGUGUCCUUCAGGAAUUAACGACUUCCCCAUGACCGAUGCUAGCCAUAUCAAGGAAGGGCUUUCGAUAUUGGCCAAGUUCAAGAGACCUUUGCUUGUCCAUGCUGAAAAACAAGAAGAAAUCGAACUUAACGAUGGUGUUGAUGAUCCUCGGUCCUAUUCUACGUAUCUUAAAACCCGACCUCCCUCAUGGGAAGAGGCGGCCAUUAGAGAGUUGCUAACGGUAUCAAAAGACACCAGAAUCGGUGGUCCGGCUGAAGGAGCUCAUCUUCACAUCGUUCAUCUCUCGGAUUCUAGAUCUUCUUUAGAAUUGAUCAAGGAAGCAAAAGGUAACGGUGAUAGCAUAACCGUUGAAACUUGCCCACAUUAUCUAGCCUUUUCCGCAGAAGAAAUCCCGGAAGGCGACACUCGUUUCAAGUGUGCACCACCAAUCCGCGAUGCACCCAACAAAGAAAAACUCUGGGAGGCCUUGAUGGACGGACAUAUUGACAUGUUGAGCUCCGAUCAUUCACCGUCGGUGCCGAAGCUCAAACUCUUUGCCGAAGGCGAUUUUUUGAAGGCUUGGGGAGGUAUAUCUUCGUUACAGUUUGUUCUUCCUGUGACUUGGUCAUAUGGGCUUAAAUAUGGUGUUACUUUGGAGAGAUUGGUUUCAUGGUGGAGUGAGAAGCCUGCUAAACUUGCUGGCCAAGAUAUGAAGGGAGCGAUUGCAAUCGGAAAGGAUGCAGAUAUUGUUGUUUGGGAACCGGAAGAGGAGUUCAAUCUUGACGAAAACCAUCAUGUACACCUUAAACAUCCGAGCAUAUCGGCAUACAUGGGAUCACGACUGGCCGGAAAAGUUCUGGCGACUUUCGUUAACGGAAACCUUGUUUUCGAUGACGGAAAACAUGCUCCUGAUGCAUGUGGUACAACUAUCCUAGCAUGAUCGACGAUCAAAUUAGCCGGGAAUUCUUACCAUCUGAUCUCUACCUUACGAUCAACCUACCCGAUUUGAUCGAUGUUUCCUUCCGGAUCACGUCACAGUCGAAUCUGUGUUCUUUUCGGGCAGUAUUUCCAGCAUCUGUGGUUGUAACAGAGGGAAAAUCUGAUGGUGUAAUCUUGCAAUUUUUACUGGAGAUUUACAGAAUUCAUGUAUAUACAUGUAUUAGUUAUGACUGAAUCCCAAUUAUGACGGUCUGAAAAA